AUGUUUAAGUCGGCCAUGUCCACUUUGCUGGUCACCUUCGGGGAGAUCCGUUGUUGGAAAGGGGCGUUCCAUGCCCAUCAGUUCCGGUAUGGAAGUGGUAAAGUGAUCAACGAGAGCGAGUGGGUGAGCAAGGGACAACACAUGUUGAUCAUGAAGCACGCCAGCCCCCGGACCUUUCUUGACCACUAUCAUCCUCUACAACUCGACACCAAUAUAAUCCAGGUUAUCUAUAACCUCAACCCUAAUGAAGGGCUAAUACAAGCCAGAGCGCAAAUUGAGGAUCACCCCAAGUUAGAAGAUGCCCGGUGCAGUCUCAGCCAGAUCCGUGCGCAAUACGCGAAGACUCAACAGCCCGCCCUGCUACCUCGGACCCAGCAAAGGGAAAAAGAGGUGAGAAACACGCGAAAACGGUUGCACAGGAGCUUGAGGUAUCAAAUCCGAGAGAAUUUUGAUGAAGAACAAGCAUUUCUUGACAUUGAGGCGCUGCUGUCUGGUACAUUGGUCAAGGAAGAGAUUGAGGGUGGGUCAUCCUUGGAGGACACUAUGCACCCGCUUCAGUUGCAUCUAGUGCAGAGUCUUCUUUCCUACCCAAUCUCCAACUCGUCAGAGGAUGAGUGGAAUCGGCGCGAUAUGGGUGCUGCAGCCGUCGUGCAGUAUUGUGACGUCCUUGAAGGAAGCCCGUUAAGGGGCUGGCCUAAGCGGAAGGUCUCUGAAUCCACCACGUCGGCUAUUCCCAUACACCAGCCGCAGGAUGCAGGGAAGACCCAAAAUGUUUCCAACUCAUGUGAGGGACUUGUUUCUGUGGCUGGCAAGCCAUCGCGUACUACUAAAGAAUAUCUCGAGAAUCCUGAGAAGCCAGAGGCUUGCUUUCAAUGCUUUGCAAAUACGGGGCUCCGUGACCAUGUUCGCUUCCAGAUGUAUCAUAAAGCUGGGUGUGUUACGCACCACUUUUGA